AUGAAAGCCAUUGCUGUCUCCAAGGUUAAUUCUGCAAUCACAAUGCUUCGAAGCGGUGUUUCGAUUCGGAAAAUUGCUGAAAAACUGUCUUUGGGUAAGUCUACUAUUGGGCUAAUUAGAACGGAGCAUUGUCCGGGUGUGAAAACCUCGAAAGGUGGUCGUCCUAGGGUGUUGUCUGAAGCCGACAAGAGCUAUUGUGUUCGAAAGGUAACCAAGGAACGGGUUUCACGCGCCGUCAAGGUCACAAAAAUGUUUGAGAAGAAUUUCCAGAUAAAGGUUCACCCGGAGACCGUUCGUAGAGCACUCCGCACUGCGGGCUUGGGGGCUAUCGAGAAGGAAAAGAAGCCUUUGCUUAGUGACGCUUAUGUCAAGAAGAGACUUGCGUGGUGUAAGCAGCACAAAGACUGGACUGUUGACGACUGGAAACACGUUAUUUGGACAGACGAGACCAAAAUUAACCGUUUCAACUCAGAUGGGCGACAGUGGGCCUGA